AUGGCAUCAACCAUGAAAGCCGUCAACUACAAUGGCCCAUUCAAGGUCAAGGUCCAAGAGGUUGGCAUGCCCAAGAUACAGCAUCCAGAUGACGUUAUUCUCAAAGUGACAAGCUCGACCUCCAAGGCUGCGAUUUGUGGUUCAGACCUGCAGUGA